AUGAGGGCCAAUAGCGACGCUCCAGCGGACGCGACUGCGACGCCCUUCAACCCACUCGUGGCGCUGCAGACGUUGCUCUCGGCUGACGUCAUGAGCGUCAAGCAGCGCAUCAAGGCGGCACAGCAGUUGGAGGAAUACUUCCGCCUCCUAUCUCCCACUCCUGGCUUACUGCUGUCCUAUGAGCCAUACCUGCCUCUGCUGACAGACGUGAUGGUUACGCCAAUUAAGGGCGGCCAGGAGCUACAGACAAGCGUGUUAGCCAUGCUACAGAUACUGUCAGCUCACAACCCGACAGGAUUCGGCGACUGGAUCGCUAGGAAUGCACAGCUGGGCAAUGAGCCAUGGCUUGUGCAAUGGAGCUAUGCGCUACUGCUACAGACCGAGAAAAUUGUGCCAAGAGAGGAAGAUGGUGAGAAGUGGGAGGACUCGUCAGCUGAGUUUAAGCAGUUUGAUAUGGUCUUUGCUCGAGUGAUGCAGAUGUGGAGAACAUUGCUGGACCAUACCGCCGAGGUGGCUCUUGUGGAUCAGCUGGUCAAGUGCUUGCAGGCUCUGCCUUUGCAGACUGGUACAGAUCAAUGGCGCACGUUGAUGUUAAAGAAACUACAGGCGCAUUUUGUGGAUAUUGCGGAUGUUUUAAUUGGGUGGAUGAUGAGCACGGGACCGCAUAGUCCGCUGCGGUACGUGAAGGUGGAGGAAAUUCUUACGCUGUUGGACAAUUUUGGUCGCUUGUGGGCAGACAACAGCGUGUUCAGCCUUCAGUUGAUGAACUCAUUCGCUGAUGAAAUUGUAAACUUGUGUGAUUCAUGGAGUGACCAUCAAGAGGGUGACGACGAUCGUCUUAGUACUUUAGUGACUUGCUUCAUGAUGGUAGCGCAAUGUGUCCCUGAUCUCGCUUUAUCUGGGGGUGAAGGCCUUCAAAGCCCUUUCGAGAGGGUGCUUCGUCGCGUUGCUUCGUGUUCACAGCCAGAAUACUCUAUUUUCUGCGUGGCAAAUUGUUCAGACUAUCUGGUGUCGAUUUCCAACGCAAGACACAAUAGCUUUGCUCCUUUCUCGGCUGCUAUAGUAGGGUUUUUACUUCAUCACUGCGCUGUACAGUCUCGUUUACACGACUGUGAGGUCACCAAGCUCUCGACAGUGCUGGAAAAUGCUUGCAAGCUAGCAAGUACGAACUUUUCCAGAAUUGCUGACCCGCUACUUGAACGUGCUGCUGUGAUCGGCGUACUGGAUGACGAUAUUCCUUCCCGAAUCGUCAAGAAAGGUGGCCAGCCGAAGCGUGUGAAGGUCAUGGAAUGUCUGUUUCAAUUGAAGUGCGCUAACGCAGUUACAUAUUCUACCCAGUUGUGUCUGCACCUGAUCCAACUGGGCGGAAUUGAAGCUCUGAAGGUAUUCGGGGCGCGAGCACUGCAGCGAUUGAGUGGCCGAAAUGGUGAAAAGGGAAACAGUUAUUUUGUGUUUGCAGCUACAUGUUUCAUUCUAGUGUCCCGGAAUCCUGAAAGACUGAAGCUUCUUGAUGACGAUACGACGCACGUAAUUGCGAUUCUGGAUUUGAUCUCGACGAAGCUGGAAAAGCAGAAUCAGCGUCAUCGUCAGCUUAAAGUGAGUCCUCGACAGUUGUGUCUUGUGCUGAAGAUGGCCUGCGCAUUUAUUGGUGCUGUUUCCAAGUGGAUUAUUGAUCGAAGUGAUGCUUUGGAGACUUUAAAUGGGGUGUCACUGCGAAUGUUGCAGUUGGCGCUCGGUAUGCUACCAAGUGAGACUGUGGUGGCUCGAGAUCAUCGACUCAGCGUUGAAACGCUGCAUGUGGUGCAUGCUUUAUUGUCUCGGACGACACUGCUUCCCGUUAUUCCGCGGGAAAGUUGCCGAGGGCUUUUGAUAAAAGUGACGCAGGUUGUCCGAAGCUCCAGUGUGAAAGUGCGAGAGAGCUGUAUUCAAGUCCUAGAGGUAUUUCAAGCUCGAAUGGAAGCGUGUGAAUUUGCUGGCGAAACGUUUGACGUGUUACUAGAUCUCUUGUUAGACCCCAGUCCCAUUGUAAAGCGCAGAAUUAUGUCUGGUGCUCUGAACGAAGUGGCUCUUGCUGCGCUUCUGAAGCAAGAAAAACUGCGUACGUAUGGCCACAUCUCGCGGCCUUUGCACCCUUCUUUUGUCGGCGCGGACUUUGCGAAUAUUCUUAGUCGUUUUCAGUCUCGAGAGUGUGAUGAAAGCGAGUGGAAUCGCGUCUGCAGAAGUAUCAUGAACCGCACUUCUCCUCACGUGGCAAUUAAUAAUUCGGGCAUUCUAUUGGGUGCGAUCCGCCAAGCAGCAGCAUGGUGCGUCCAGAACAGACUGCGUACCCAUUUUGGAGGACCAGCGCAAAGCUUUGCGAGUAUCGAGCGACUGUUACAGGAGUAUGCGGAUGAGAUCCAACAGCGAAAUCAUACCGAGCUCCCUUUAGCUUUAAAUGGCAAGCAGUUGCCGAACUGGUUGAUGCUGGAGUUCGUAAAUGCAUUAGAGAUGUGUAUUACCAGCGCUAUUUGCACCACUGACAUGGACCAGAGCAACCCGGAGAGUGAAGAGUAUAAAGCAGUGGUCUUUUUUCGUACGAACAAGGUGGUGUGUGACGACUGGCUCAACCGGAUUCGGCCGUUCCUGGUAGAGAUGGCGAAAAAUGCACCAAACUACGAGCUGUGGCGCUAUCACAGUCACGCUGCGAUGACGAUUUGUUACAGUAGGCUCAGCAGAGCCAUGUCAUCUUUUGCAGCUCAUGGACCCUCCGACAAAAUUGUCACCGAGUUGAGGCAAGCGGAGAAAGAGCUGGAUGCCGCGCUGUUCAUGCUGUGCCGAUGUCAUUGCGAUGCAAAAGAUGCAGAUUCCAUUAUCGGAAUUCAGCGAUGGAGCGAAUCUGUUGCUUCGGCGCUGAUCAGGCUGUACCAGCAGAACAAAGGUCGCGUGGAAACUGGUGAAGAAUACUGCAAAUUGCCAUUGUUUAGGUGGCUAAGCGCGCUGCGAUAUGAGGCUGAAAUGCGAUACGAAGAGGCUGCUGCGGAAUAUGAGUCUUUGUUGGAACCAGUGCUGACACGCGAGGGUUUUGAAGCCGUCAGUCCAGCGAAGCUAUUUGAAUCUCCAAUGACGAAUCUCCGUAUCUCGCCGUCAGCUCUGCUGGGAUGCUUUAAACAACAUGCGAAAUGCUAUGCUGCUUUACGCCAGUGGACGAAGCUGCGACAGCUCGUUACUCAGUUCGUUAGCGUCGCGAAUUCUCUCAUGGAUUAUGAUUACCCGAUAGAAGAGAUCCAGUCGAUUUUUGACUGCAGCGAUGCUGUUGCUGAUAAACUUUGGCGCGAUUUGGUACCGUUGGCGUUACAACCAGCGCCGUGGCAUGGCUACGCGGGUGAAAAAGUUGGCAAAAGAGCUGAGGAAACCUUACUCCGAAUGGCUGAAGCGGCGAAGAAAUCGUCUUUGUCGACUGGAUUCUGUCAUAACGAGGCACUAACGAACCUCCAAAGACUGAAUCCUGAACUAUAUGACUGCGGAACUUGGGGCCAACCGUUUUCUUCACUACACUUGGGUUGCUCAGGUUGGAAUGCCGAUGCAGAGUGCUUGCACCUCACUGGAGUAGCCAGAUUGGCCCGGAGGCAGCACAAUCUCGAUUUCGCUCAAAGCCUUUUGAGAGAAGCUGCGAGCCUAGAGAAAACAAGCCGUGUUUCAGCUAUGGCCUUAAAUUACGAGAAAGCUAAGCUUCUGGAAUUGGUUGGUAUGGAUGAUGAAGGACGACAGCUCUUGGAAGCACAGUGCGAAACGAGCUUGGAAGUACUUCGAUUGGAUCAUUCAUUUUCUGGACAGGAAAAUGUAGCUGUUCGAUCUAUUUUGCACCUCGCCAAAUCGAUUACCGAUGCUGAGAACACUAAAUUGCUGUCACCAGUAGCGUCACGAAUCCUUGAAAGUGCAUCGGAUCCUGCUACAAGCGUGGAUAGCGAAGAAGUGGAUGCUGCUGCUUUUCCAAACAAUUUUCAAAGUGAAUCUGCGCACAAAUGCUUCCAAGCUGCAAUCGCGGUAUCGCCAAAAUCCCCAAAGGCCUGGGCUCACUACAGUCACUGGUGUUAUGAACGAGGAAAACGGGAAGUGGAACAGAUUUCCGAACAAAAUGGAUACAUUCACUUAGAUUCCGAAGAUGAAGCACAGAUAUCAACUCUUCUGGAUGAGAUUGGGAUCGUCGAAUCGGAUCAUGAUUCCGUUAUUCGUGCGUUUUGCCAUUUCCUGGACAACGACGAGCUGUUCAGCCAACGACAUGGUACUCUCCAGCAGUUGUGCACUGAGCUUGCUCCCCAAGAUCAUAGUCGUGAUGCUGUUGAUCGUUUGACCGAGUUACAACAAGCAUGCCACUCCAAGGCUCUCCGAUUUCACACGCUGGCUGCUCGUGGUUAUGGGAAAUACUUGUCAGUGCUGUUCAGCGACUCGGGCUGCAGUAUCUCGAGACAAGAAAUCACCAUGGUUGUGCUUCGUUUGCUUGGUCUUCUGACGACGUAUGGAGCAGAAAGGGAAGUGGUGGCAGCGCUUGAAGAUGUGUUUUCCGACGGGCCUGUGGAUCCGUGGUCUCACGUGAUCCCGCAGUUGAUCGCUCGUGCGCACCAUCCGAUUUCUGCUGUCUCUUCCUUGGUUUGCCUGAUUCUCAAGCGCUUAGCACAUCACUCGCCGCACUCGAUAGUGUACCCAGUCGUCGUGGACUCGAUGGAGCCUCACGCCACGUUUUCAAGUCCUCAGGAAGAACGAGGCACUGCAAGUAACACGUUUGCUACGGUCUUACAAGAGCUACAGAACGUAUCGGCUGGACAAGUGGAGGGCGUACGUCUACUCAUUUUCGAGCUUCGUCGGAUUUCUAUUCUGUGGGACGAAGCUUGGAUCAGUACACUCGUCAAACUAUCAGCGGAUGUGUCUCGAAGGACGAGUACUCUGGAAAAAGAAGCCAAUCGCGUGGAGAAGAAUGCGUCGUUGUCUGCGAAAGAGAAGAGCGAGUUAGCACAGCGCAAGUUGGUGGCGAUUAUGAAGCCGAUCUAUGUCUCGAUCGAACGACUAUGGAAGGAAACGUGCGGGGGCAUUCGUGAACAACAUACUGUGACCCCACACGAGCGAAAAUUUCUCAAGGACUUCGGAGGAGUGAUCGACAAGGCGAUGGAGAACUUCCGCCAUUGCUGCGCUUCGGAGUCUUGGGGCAACGCUGGAUCAGUAAAGAAUCCCGAAGAGCUCUGGCAGCCAUUCGCAGAGAUAUUGAAGGCGCUUAUGAACGCCACGGGACGUCGAGAGCAACUGCCGCUUCAUGACAUUUCGCCGGCGAUGGCCUCUACCUCUCGUCAGCUAGCGCUAACUAAUAUGCCUGGCGCGGUUGUUGGGAAGACUGCAGGUCAAGUGGAACCUAUCACUAUUCAUCGUGUGGAUGCAUCCGUGACUGUUUUGCGAACGAAAACCAAGCCGAAGUCCUUGAAGUUGAUUGGAUCGGAUGGCAAGACAUACAAGUAUCUGCUAAAAGCCCGUGAAGACUUGCGAUUGGAUGAGCGCAUCAUGCAGUAUUUACGCGUGACGAACCAGUUCUUACAAGCUGAUGACGCAGCUGCAGCUCGGGAUCUGUCAGCUCAGAGCUACAGUGUCAUACCUCUCUCAAGAAACGCUGGAUUGAUCCAGAUGGUCCCUGAUGUGGUGCCUCUCUUUCAAGUGUAUACUGCUAGAAACGACGCGAGUGGAAGAACGCCUCAAGAUCCUGUCGCUGCGUCUUCAGCACAGCAACCGCCCCCGCCUACAGCUCAGUUUUACGCCAAGUUGAAGCAGCAUGGCAUUACGAAUGUGGCGCCAAAUAACCGCUCGCUGUGGCCGCCUAACGUAUUGAGACAAGUCUACCAGGAGCUGGUGGCUCAGCGCCCACGCAAUGUGUUGCAACAGAAAAUACUUCUUCGAAGUGAAGACUUACGAGAGAGCUGGAUUAAAAGCACGCGCUUAAGCAAGUCUCUUGCGGUCAUGUCUGUGCUCGGGUACAUCGUUGGAUUAGGGGAUCGGCACUUGGACAACAUUUUGCUGUGUGUCAACAGUGGAGACAUCGUUCACAUCGACCACAACGUUUGCUUUGAUAAGGGACGUAGACUCAAGGUGCCAGAGAUUGUGCCAUUCCGACUGACGCCUAUGCUGCAAGACGCACUUGGAUUUACAGGAGUGGAGGGAAGAUUCCGAAUGGCAUUUGAGACAACGUUACGUAUAGUACGCUCGGAUAAUGUUCGUGAAGCGUUGUUGACGCUGUUUGAAGCGUUCGUGUAUGGUCCAUUGGUUGACUGGAUCGCUGAAGACAGAAGACAAGGAAGGUCAGGAGAUUUGAAGGCGCGACUCGAAGUAAAUGUGAAUCUCUCUUUGUUCUUGUCGAGAGCGGAGGAACGACGACAAGAUACGAUUUCUUUUGGCCGUCAGUACGAGCAACAUGCUGAUGUUAUUUCCAGAGCUCUCAAUGGAUCGCAAGUCCCCUUUGAGACUUUGCUUGAACAACGCAAGCAGUUGUUGUCGCUUGAGGUCGAAGAGCAAACACGAUUGAGGGAAGUUGCCAGCGUUGAGGCAGAGUUAUCCAAGCAUCAGAGUGCCGAGCAGAUCAAACGCGCAGAACUUGAGUCCACUACGACUCGUUUUAACGACAUUACGACAAAAGUAAGCUCCUUCGCGGAUGAAUGCUUAGCAAGACACCAGCAGAUCGAAGUUUGGAGACAGAAGAGUGUCGCCUUCGCUGAAUCUGAUCCUGUGACUCAACUGAGCGCGGUAACUACUGCAGUCGAUACUUUGUCUUUUCAGACAGUCCAUGAAACGCUAUGCAGUGUUAUGGAGAAAUUACGGUCUGUUGGUCGGCAGAGACAGCUUUUGGAUGCGUUGGAGUCGAAUUGCCGAUCAGUUGAUGCGGAUGUGGCACGUCUGCGCUUUGAGAUCGAGAAAAUCGCCACUUAUUUGGUCCCGUAUCUUUCGUAUUAUGGCUACCAGCGCAAGGAAUUGGAUGCGUAUUUGGAAUCAGAGGUGAAGGUUGCUGGCAAGGACGUGUACUUCAAGUGGUGGAGUGUUUGUAGUGAAUAUCUGCUGCUCCUUCCAAAGAGAACGUUGCUGAGUCGACCAUGGUUCUGA